AUGAGUUGUAAUUCAGACAAGGUUGGCUUGGACAAUGCCGGAAAGACUACAGUGUUAUAUAAGCUUAAACUUGGGGAAGCGACUACUACCAUACCAACAAUUGGAUUCAACUUAGAAACGGUGGAGUAUCGCAACGUUUCAUUUACGGUAUGGGAUGUGGGGGGACAGCAACGAAUUCGUGCGCUCUGGAAAUACUAUUUCCGCGAUACUGACGCAAUUAUUUUUGUUGUGGACAGCGCUGACAGAGAACGCAUUGAGGAAGCGCGCCAAGAGCUCCACUCACUCAUUGAUGAUCCGGAGUUGCGUGAUAAGCUGCUUUUGGUUUUCGCAAACAAACAAGAUAUGCCGAAUGCUAUGGAUGCCACCGAAGUUUCGAAAAGCCUUCAUAUUAGGAAUAUUAGGGACAGAGAGUGGUACGUGCAGCAAUCAAAUGCUAUCAGUGGUGAAGGUCUCAUCGAGGGUUUGGAGUGGCUCCAUUCUCAAUUGGUGAAGAAGUAG